AUGAUAGAUCCUUCAGCCAUAAGCUGCACCGUUUCGGGUCUAGGUACGCAGGAGGACAUUGUCGAGCGAAUGGCAAACUUUUCGGUAGAGCCCUUCCAAGUUUGCAGAACGAUUUCUUACCAUCCGCCUCAGGUUUAUGUUGGCAACCUUGCACACACUGUUACAGAUGAACGACUGAAAGCGUUCUUUUCUCCGAUGCAGAGCGAUGUACUGUAUGCCCGGAUAAUCAUGCAGCGCACCAGCUCUGCAGGUUAUGGCUUCGUCUGGAUGACCACCGCUGAGGCUGUGGAGAAGGCUGCUCUACUGUUCAAUGGAAAAGAGCUGGAUGGCCGUCAAAUUAUUAUCGAGGCCAGCAAAUCGCGUAAGCACAAGGGCUCCAUUCAUGUCGAAGACACUGCAAAUGUGAAGCAGAGAAAGUAUGACCAUCGUAAAUCCAAUGCUUGCAAGUAUUCAUCCAGCAAAGAUGGGGAGCACCCAGCAGAAGGAACUGUAUAUGAGCCAGUCGCAAAGAAGCCUAGGCCAGGGCCACCGCCCUUUAUUGGUCGUGGCGAGAAUAUUACGAAAAGGCCAUCUAAAACCACCCUAUUUGUCAAAAACCUGUGUUUCAGCAUUGACGACGAGGGUCUCGGUCGAAUUUUCACCCGCACAGGUAUUCUCGUCAACUAUGCUCGGAUCAUGCGUAAGGGAUGGGGCAAGCCUCGCAAGAGCAAGGGCUGUGGAUUCGUAGACGUUGGUAAUGAGGAGAACCAGCAAAAGGCCAUUGAACUGCUGCAGAACAAGAUGGUUCAGGGACGUACCAUCACUGUUGAGAUCGCGUUCCAAUCCCAGUUCAAAAAGAGCCACGAGUUUUUCAGCCAUGUUCCCGAUGCCGAGGAGACCACAUACAAGGAUGCUGUCGUUGACAUGACUCCCGGGGCCACCGCGCACGAGAACGCCGUCGUUGAUGCUAUUGAGAACGCCAAGGAGAUCACGCACGAGAACGCCGUCGUUGACGUUACUGAGAAUGCCAAGGAGACCACGCACAAGGAUGCUGUCAUUGACAUGACUCCCGGGGCCACCGCGCACGAGAAUGCCAUCGUUGAUGCUAUUGAGAAGGCCAAGGAGAUCACAGACGAGAAUGCCGUCGUUGACAUUACAGAGAAUGUCAAGGAGACCACGCACAAGGAUGCGGUCAUUGACACGACUUCCGGGGCCACCGCACACGAGAACGCCAUCGUUGACGUUAUUGAGAACACCAAGGAGACCAUGCACAAGGAUGCGGUCGUUGACACGACUCCCGGGGCCACCGCGCAUGAGAAUGCCGUCGUGGACGUUACUGAGAACGCCAAGGAGACCACGCACAAGGAUGCCGUCAUUGACAUGACUCCCGGAGACACCAUGCACGAGAACGCCAUCGUUGAUGCUAUUGAGAAGGCCAAGAAGAUCACAGAUGAGAACGCCGUCGUUGACAUUACUGAGAAUGUCAAGGAGACCACGCACAAGGAUGCGGUCGUUGACAUUACUGAGAAUGUCAAGGAGACCACGCACAAGAAUGCGGUCAUUGACACGACUCCUGGGGCCACCGCGCACGAGAAUGCCAUCGUGGACGUUACUGAGAACGCCAAGGAGACCACGCACAAGGAUGCCAUCGUUGACAUGACUCCCGUGGACACCGUGCACGAGAACGCCAUCAUUGAUGCUAUUGAGAAGGCCGAGGAGAUUACAGACGAGAACGCCGUCGUUGACAUCAUUGAGAAUGUUAAGGAGACCACGCACAAGGAUGCG